AUGUCGGGGGGGACAUCACCCCCCAUAAUCAGCACACCCGGCCCGCCCUGCAAGGGACGUCAAGUGAUGACGAACCUCAGAUUCCGACCUUCACCGGCAACCCGUACAGUCUCGAUGGGACUCGGGACGGACAGUCCGCCCGGGCCUCCGGUCGCGGCCCAGAGGACUCCGAGGAUCGAACCGGAGGAAGAUAUCCUUCCCCCGUUGACCGAUCCCUCUGGGCCCUCUCGGCCGCGGAAGAAGGCCAGGUCCGAGUCCGACCGAGGCUCAUCGAGCGAAAAGGACAAGCGUCCAAGAUUAGGCCCCUCGUCUAGAUCGGAGGGAGAGGAGAGUGCGACCACAUCCUCUGCACAUUCCUCAACCGAAUCGGUCACUCCUUCCUCAUCUAGGUCUUCGUCCCCCUCUGGGAGUCCAAUCCCAGCUCAACCAAUUCCGAAGCCUAGGGCUCCCGCCAGGACAGGGACAGCCCUAAGGCAAGUAAGAUCCCCUCCUCGCUCCCCUUCCCCAACGUUAUCCCCAAUCCCGGUAGACUCAAUCCGAGGUGCCCCCGCCCUAAGCGGCACGGCGGGCAACCUGGACUCCACCAGGUACAUGGACCUCGAGUCUACCAGACCUCAACAGGUCCUUAAGCCCAACCCCACUCCCUCUACCUCCUAUGCUGCCAUGGCAGCUAGGCCAGUACCUGUAGCAAAAGGGAAGGGGAAGGGGAAAGGGAAAACUUCCCAGCCCCCUCCCCCUUCCCACUCCGCUCCGUCUGCGGUGGUGGUGGAGGCAUUGCCAUCGGCGUCUACGCUGAUGGCACAGGCCAACCCGCCACGGCAGUCAAAGAAAGUCCAACCUACUCCUGCUCCCCGUGGUCGCACUUCUGCUGGUGCUCCCACAAUAUCCCGUCCGACUAGCGGCAUUACGACCCUAAACAAAAAAAGGGAAAAAAACAGGAGGAAAAAGCUGAAACGGAAAUUAAGGAAAAGAGAGGAACGGGAGAAUGCAAACGGAGGCAUUCCGGUGCCUACAGUGCAGAGCUCUGCACCACAACCAACUGACCCAGAGAACAUGGAGGUCACAGAAAACUCCACUCCGGCCCAUACGAUACCAAGCCAACCAUUGCCUUCGGCCCAUUCGGCCGAUGCAACCACUACUGCCAACAUAAAUAAUUUGCCCCCCCUCCCCCCCCGCCCACAGCGCGAGCGGCGCAGCGGUCGGCAGGCCUCCCAGCCUGUCGGUUUUGCUGCCUGGUUGCUCACAUUGUGGGAGAAAUUGUCCGAGGAAUGUUUUGUGCGGCCGGGUGAAGCGCCUCAAAUUCCAACAUUAGCUGUGGAAAGCCUCGGGUUAGAAAGAGACAAUAAUAUAACAGAACCCACGUGA